CACACCGGCCGUGCCAAGGUGUCCCAUGCAGUUGUGGUCAUCUUUCUAGAGUUCUUUGCUUGGGGACUGCUUACAACACCAAUGCUGACUGUAAGUAAACACACCAGACACACACGUUUUAAGUUUGAUGUUUUGUUAGUCGUUUUAUCACAGGAGACAGUUGUAUUACUCAUCCCUGCGUUCUUUACCAAAAGGUUGGCUGUAUGGCUUUAAAGUCAAGUAGAUCACAUCAUUACAGUCUUUUUGUUUACAAAGCCCUGCUCCAUAAGCUUCCGACUUACCUAACAUCACUGUUAAGAUUUAAAAUUACAAGUUAUCAAACCUGUUCACAGAGUUGGUUAACUUUGGAGACUCCUUUGGUGUCUACAGAGUUAGGUAAAUCGGCCUUUAAUUUCCUUGCACCCUAUGUUUGGAAUAAUCUCCAAAAGACGUUUCUAUUGGAUGCUUUGAAGUACCUAGGACAAUUCAGACAGAGGAUUUUUAUAAUGAAGAAUGUAAUUGUUUUAAUUGAUUGUGUUUUGUAUCUUAAUAUGUAUUUAAUGCGUAUAUUGUCUGCAUUUAUGUUUAUCUAUACUUGCCUGUUGUAUGUGCUUGUUUCUGUAUUGUGUAGGAUUUAGUCUCAAAUAAAGGUAAAUCAAUGUACAGGAUACACAUGGUAUACAGUGCAUUCUGAAAGUAUUCAGACCCCUUCGCUUUUUCACGUUACAGCCUUAUUCUAAAAUUGAUUAAAUUGUUUUUUUUAAUGAUACGGCGACCCCCUCAAUCUACACACAAUACCCCAUAAUGAUGAAGCAAAAACAGGUUUUGAGAGAGUUUUGCUAAUUUAUAUAUAUUUUUUUUACUGAAAUACUACAUUUACAUAAGUACUCAGACCCUUUACUCAGUACUUUGUUGAAGCACCUUUGGCAGCGAUUACAGCCCCAAGUCUUCUUGGGUAUGACGCUACAAGCUUGGCACACCUGUAUUUGGAGAGUUUCUCCCAUUCUUCUCUGCAGAUCCUCUCAAGCUCUGUCAGGUUGGAUGGGGAGCGUUGCUGCACAGCUAUUUUCAGGUCUGUCCAGAGAUGUUCAAUAGAGUUCAAGUCUGGGCUCUGGCUGGGCCACUCAAGGACAUUCAGAGACUUGUCCCGAAUCCACUCCUGCGUUGUCUUGGCUGUGUGCUGUUGUUGUCCUGUUGGAAGGUGAACCUUCGCCCCAGUCUGAGGUCCUGAGCGCUCUGGAGCAGGUUUUCAUCAAGGAUCUCUCUGUACUUUGCUCCGUUCAUCUUUACCUCGAUACUGACUAGUCACCCAGUCCCUGUCACUGAAAAACAUCCCCACAGCAUGAUGCUGCCACUACCGUGCUUCACCAUAGGGAUGGUGCCAGGUUUCCUCCAGACAUGACGCUUGGCAUUCAGUCCAAAGAGUUCAAUCUCUCAUCAGACCAGAGAAUCUUGUUUCUCGUGGUCUGAGAGUCUUUAGGUGCCUCCAAGCAGGCUGUCAUGUGCCUUUUACUGAGGAGUGGCUUCCGUCUGGCCACUCUACCAUAAAGGCCUGAUUGGUGGAGUGCUGCAGAGAUGGUUGUCCUUCUGGAAGGUUCACCCAUCUCCACAGAGGAACUCUGGAGCUCUGUCAGAGUGACCAUCGGUUUCUUGGUCACCUCCCUGACCAAGGCCCUUCUCCCCCGAUUGCUCAGUUUGGCCGGGCGGCCAGCUCUAGGAAGUGUCUUGGUGGUUCCACACUUCUUCCAUUUAAGAAUGAUGGAAGCCAAUGUGUUCUUGGGGACUUUCAAUGCUGCAGACAUAUUUUGGUACCCUUCCCCAGAUCUGUACCUUGACACAAUGCUGUCUCGGAGCUCUAUGGAAAAUUCCUUCGACCUCAUGGCUUGGUUUUUGCUCUGACAUGCACUGUCAACUGUGGGACAUUAUAUCGACAGGUGUGUGCCUUUCCAAAUCAUGUCCAAUCAAUUGAAUUUACCACAGGUGGACUCCAAUCAAGUUGUAGAAACAUCUCAAGGAUGAUCAAUGGAAACAGGAUGCACCUGAGCUCAAUUUCGAGUCUCAUAGCAAAGGGUCUGAAGACUUACGUAAAUAUGGUAUUUCUGUUCUUUAUUUGUAAUAAAUGUGCAACAUUUUCUAAAAACCUGUUCUCGCUUUGUCAUUAUGGGGUAUGGUGUGUAGAUUUUUAUUUAAUCAAUUUUAGAAUAAGGCUGUAACAUAACAGUGGAAAAAGUGAAGGGGUCUGAAUACUUUCCUAAUGCACUAUAUAUGGUUAUUUUUAGAUAUACAGUGUAAUGAUGUAGGUGUUUACUCAUAACCCGCAGUCCCGGGCGGGUGGGUUUAGGGUCAUGAAAUAUGAUCGGGUUAAAUAAAGAGAAAACCAUACAUAAAAAAAUCCAUAAAUGUAUCGUUCUUGUGCAAUUUAUAUCUAUAGGCUACAUUGAGGUUUUUCUUUCAUUAUUUUAAGGCUAUCUGGCAUUAGUGCGUAAGCCUAAGCUUUAGGGCCUUACUUUACGUGCGCCAAAUAGCCUACACUCCAAUCGUCAAACGCGUUUGAGAACUGGCAGAAAAAGUUCAUGUUGAUCCACUGAGGCAAAAAGGACAGUGUCUGCGUUUAAUUCAAUAAGAGAAAAGCUGCGAAAUGGAGAGUUGAAAAUAAAGAGAAGGGAUGGCUAGAAAAGUAAUGGUUGGGAAACAUUGGGUUAAGUUGAUGGCAGUGCCGUCUAUGUUAUGUGUGAUUGUGAGGCGCUAUACAAAUUCGACAGUCACAAGACGGAGACUUCAAAUAGGCCUAUGGCAUGUCAAGGGAACUGUAGCCUACUGUUCAGAUGGGUUGAAUGGAAACUGAUAUCCGGACACUGACUGUAGGUCUGUAACCUCUCACAGUCUUAAUAUUAACUCCUGCAGAAUUAAGCAUUUCUUGCAGUAGAAUGAUAGGCUACACAAAAUGUAGGCUACAUUUUGAUUCUAGAACAGGAGUGGAGAAAUAUGAUUUUUUUUUCUCCAGCAUCUUAUGCGAAUGCACAGUUGGGGACUGCUUUAUCAGCAUCAUAAAAGCUGAUAAUAUUUCAACCACAUAAAAUAUGCAUCCAAGACGAACCAAUAUUUUAUCAAACAUGUUUGGUCGUUUUCACAGCUUCUUAUUUCCUUCCAACCGGUCAAACUGUAAUUUGGACGGGGGUGAAAUCCAAAGUUGUGCUAUAUAUUCAUUUGCUAUGUCAUAUUACAUUUGUAAAGAUAAAUAUUGAUACAUUACUAGCUCAAACACUUUUGAAUCUGCAAAAUAUUGUGAUUUCAGAUCAAAAGUGGGGGGGACAAAAAGCAAACAUUGCCCCCUUACCUGAUAGUGGGGUGGUAGAUGCCAAGUUUCCCUUAUGGCUUGGCUCAGGUGCCUGCAUACACCAUAGACAUACAUGUACAUCAUUUACACACACACACACACACACACACACACACACACACACACACACACACACACAUACAGAGCGAGAGAAGUCAGCUCAGAGAGGCCCAGCUCAUGAGCUCCAUCAACAGCAGAUUGUAAUUUAGAAUGGAAAAUGAAUGUUUAUGCAACAAAUGUUAGCGCAUCGUACCGCACAGAAUCGCAUCGAUUCGUACCUCUAAUCAAACCGAUUGGCACCGAAUCGUUUCAAACUAAAACAUAUCUGAGCUCAUGGAUGUAGAUACGUAUCAAAUCGUGUUUAAAGGGAAAGAUGUAAAUGGCUCAUUUAGAAUAGAAUAAACAUUUUAGCAUAAGUAUAAUACAGGAAGGCACAAUUUAUAAUACAAUAUUUGUACAUGUAUCAGGAAAGGGUGGAUUGGGGGGCAAGUGUUUAAAUUGUGCAGUAUUAGCAAUAGUAAAUAAGUCUGGUAACAGCUAUUGUGAUGUGUGUGUGUGUGUGUGUGUGUGUGUGUGUGUGUGUGUGUGUGUAUGUGCAAAAGUGCGGAGAGUCUGAUGGCUUGUAAAUAGAAACUGUCUCUAGCCUGUUGGUAUCAGUCCUUAUGUUCCGAUACCGUUUGCCCGACGGUAAGGGAGUGAACAGUUCGUGGCAGGGUGUGUGGGGUCUUUGAUGAUGCUGUGAAACUUCCUCAGGCACCGUUUCAAGUGUCCUGGAUGGGUGGGAACACGGCCCCAGUGAUGUACUAGGGUUGGGCGGUAUCCAGAAUUUCAUAUCGUCAUGCCAUCCUUCUCUCAUCCCGGGAUUUAUGGUAUUACCGGUUUAGUACACAAGGGGGUGCCAAAAGACACAAAGCCCAUUGGGCAUCUAUUACCAGAAUGCUAAUAACAUUAGCACAAGUAAUAGCGAAUCUUCAUGGAAGCUGCUAGCUAAAUAUGCUAACGAGCGCAAACAUAUAUUUUUUUGCAAAGGCAGGCACUCCAGCUCAUAAUGUUAUACAUACAGUGCAUUCGGAAAGUAUUCAGACCCCUUCACUUUUUCCACAUUUUGUUACAUUACAGCCUUAUUCAAAAAAAAAUAAAAAACGUAUCAAUCUACACACAAUACCCCAUAAUGACAAAGCGAAAACAGGUUUUUAGAAAAUGUUGCACAUUUAUAACAAAUAAAGAACAGAAAUACCUUAUUUACAUAAGUAUUCAGACCCUUUGCUAUGAGACUCGAAAUUGACCUCGGGUGCAUCCUGUUUCCAUUCAUCAUCCUUGAGAUGUUUCUACAACUUGAUUGGAGUCCACCUGUGGCAAAUUCAAUUGAUUGGACAUGAUUUGGAAAGGCACACACCUGUCUAUAUAAGGUCCCACAUUUGACAGUGCAUGUCAGAGCAAAAACCAAGCCAUGAGGUCAAAGGGAUUGUCCGUAGAGCUCCGAGACAAGAUUGUGUCGAGGCACAGGUCUGUCGAAGGGUAACAAAAAAUGUCUGAAGCAUUGAAGGUCCUCAAAAACACAGUGGCCUCCAUCAUUCUAAAAUGGAAGAAGUUUGGAACCACCAAGACUCUUCCUAGAGCUGGCCGCCCGGCCAAACUGAGCAAUCGGGGAGAAGGGUCUUGGUCAGGAAGGUGACCAAGAACCCAAUUGUCACUCUGACAGAGCUCCAGAGUUCCUUUGUGGAGAUGGGAGAACCUUCCAGAAGUUGCUACAAAUAUUAAAAUGUAUAGAAAAAUGUGUAAUAAAUAGUUUCACCGGUAUUGAUGGUAUUGAAAAACCAUCCCGUGGCUCUUUCCAAAUACCUCGGUAUACGUUAUAUACUGUAUACCACCCAAGCCUAGUCUUCACCACCCGCUGGCGGUCGUGGGCGGAGCAAUUCCGGUACCAGGCUGCGAUGCAACUGGUCAGGAUGCCGGGCGGAAUGCCGAAUUUCUUCAGCCGCCUUAGGAAGUAAAGGUGCUGUUGCGCCCUCUUGACAAGAGUGGUGGUGUUGUUGGGCCAUGUCAAGUCCUCGGUGAUGUGGACGCUAACUGUUGACUCUGCUGCAGUCCCGUUGAUGUGGAUUGGGGCAUGUUUCUCAACUCCUUUGUUUUGCUGACGUUGAGUGAGAGGUUGUUGUCCUGGUAUCACAAUGCCAGUUCACUUACCUCCUCCCUAUAGGCUGACUCAUCGUUGCUGGUUAUCAGGGCUACAACCGUGGUGUCGUCAGCAAACUUGAUGGAGUUGGUGUUGUGCAAAGCCACACAGUCGUGGGUGAACAGGGAGUACAGCAGCGGGCUGAGGACACACCCUUGGGUGGCCCACGUGUUAAGAGUCCGUGUGGAGGAGUUUCUGUUGCCAUUCCUCACAACCUGUGGUCUGCCCAUCAGGAAGUCCAGGAUCCAGUUGCAGAGGGUAGUGUCCUGACCCAGGGCUCUGAGGUUAGAGAGAACAAUAGUGUUGAAUGCUGAACUGUAGUCAAUGAACAGCAUUAUCACAUAGGUGUUCCUCUUGUCCAGAUGUGUUAGGGCCGUAUGAAUAAUGGUGGUAAUGGCAUCUCCGUGGAUCUGUUGGAGCGAUAGGCAUAUUGGAGUGGGUCCAGUGUGCCUGGCAUGCUGGCCUUGAUGUGGGUCAUGACCAGCCUCUCGAAGCACUUCAUGAUGACCAGGGUGAGUGCAAUGGGGCGAUAGUCAUUUGCGCAUGUCACCUUGUUGUUCUUGGGCACUGGGAUGAUGGUGGUCUCCUUGAAGCAAGUGGGGGGACUACAGCCUGGGACAAGGACAGGUUGAAGAUGUCCGAGAAGACGCCCACCAGCUGGUCAGCGCACACUCUGAGGACGCGGCCAGGGAUGCCAUCUGGGCCGGCGGCUUUGAGUAUUCACUCUUGAGUUUUUUCACGUCCGACUCGGAGAGUGAAAGCAUUGCUCAGUAUUGUCUGCCUCAAAGCGAGCAUAGAUUGUGUUAAUCUUGUCUAAGAGGGAGGCUUCGGUGGGCACCACACAGCUGGAUUUGCCUUUGUGGUCCGUGAUAGCCAGUAGUCCUUGCCACAUGCGUUGCGACCCCAAGUUGUUGGGGUUCUCUCUACUGACAUUGAAUGCUGCAGUAUGGGCUCUCAGCAUGGUACGGAUUUCUAUAUUCAUCCAGGGUUGUUGGUUGGGGUAUGUCCGGAUUGUUAUUGUAAGUACAUUUCAUAAUGAAACCUGUGACUGACGAUGUAUAUUCCUCAAUAUGGAUGGGUGAGUCCUGGGUGGAUAAAUCUUUGAACAUAUUCCAAUUAGUAUUCUUAAACAGUCCUACAGCAUUGAGUCUGCCUCUGUCCAGCACUUCACUAUUCUCUGUGUUGGUGGCUCCCUCUUGAGUUGCUGCUUGUAAGCGGGGAGUAGGAACAGAGACGUGAUCUGAUUGGCCGAAGUGGGGGCGGGGGACGGCUUUGUAUGCGUCAUGGAUGUUUGUGUACACAUGGUCCAGCACGUUGUUUCCUCUCGUGGGUCCGGAUACGUGUUGGUGAUACUUUGGAAGAAUUUGUUUUAAACUUGCUUUGUUAAAAUCUCCCGCGACAAUAGACUUCUUCUGGGUGAGAGGAUUCUUGUUGGCUAAUGUUCUUGUACAGUUCGCUGAGUGCCGCCUUGAUGUUUGCUUGUGGCGGUAUGUACACAGCUGUGGUAAUAACGCACGCCAAUUCCCUCUGCAUAUAGUGGGGUCCGAAUUUUAGCAUCAAAAACCCCAGGUAGGGUGAACAGGAGCUUGAGAUGUUUUUAACUUUGGUACACCAGGAAGUGUUGACGAGGAAGCAAACGCCUCCCCCUACUCUUACCAGAAGCCGCCGUUCGAUCCAUACGGAAAAUGGAAAAGUCGUCUGGUUGAAUAGCAGAGUCAAGUGAAUUGUCCAUACGCCUUGUCUCUGUAAAAACCAAGACACAACAUUCCCUGAUGUCCCUCUGCGAUUGAAGCCUUGCUCUGAGUUCACAAUGUUCAUUUUCCAGCGAUUGGACAUUAGCCAUCAGGAUGCUAGAAAGAGGAGGCCAUGUAGCCUGUCUUUUCAGCCUAGCUUGGGGUCCCCCUUUCAUUACUGUUCUUCGUCGCCGGCGUUGCCUUCUGUCGUCUCGGCCAGGAGCAACAGGUAAGUCCGCUGUGCGGAAACAAAGGAGCGAAUGUAGUAUCCCAGAUCUGGGAGGCUGAGAGAGAACUGUGUAGCUUCCGAUUCAUGAUCCAGAAGUGUUUGUCGGUUGUAAGAAAUGAUUGCACAAACAUUCUGAGCAAACAAAGUCAUAAUGAACGCAAAAAUACCAAUAAAAAAGCAAGUCGAGCAGGACGCGGCAAGACGUGCGCCCUCCUCAGUGCCCCAAAGGGCAAAGGUCAUGAAUGAAUGACGGCAUUAUCUGUAGUGACUUUGCAAAUGACCUAACAAGGGUAUUUGUAUUGUCUCCUUCUGCUGUCCUCCAGGUUCUUCAUGAAACGUUUCCCCAGCACACAUUUCUUAUGAAUGGUCUGAUUCAAGGUGUUAAGGUAAGAGGCAUUUCCAUUUGGGUUGCUUUUAAGAUUCAAUGUUUCAUUUUCUUCAAAUGAGGAACUUUUAUCUCAAAGUUGCGAUGAGAGGAUAUUUGGUCACUAUGCUCACCUUCUCAUUUCAGACAGCCUUGUUCUUUUAGUUAAUGUUUCUGGAUAAUUGUUUAGUUGAUCUAGCUUUUGGGUGUAGGUGAGAGGUGCAGGGGAAACUCAUACGUUUGUCAAGUUUCUACUAGGCAUUGUCUUUUCACCUAUCUGGUUUGUUCAGAUCAGCAUUAGUCAAUGGUGACGAGCAGCGUAUUACUGCAUUGUAAUAUAACAUCUUGUCAUGUAUGACAUACAGAUGGUUGUCAGUCAGAAUCACAGAGGAUUGAGCUUGCCUGAUAACCCAGGUCUGCCCAAGGCUUGGUCAUGACCGUCUUUGUGCUACAUUCACUACCCACAGCAAGACUCCCUAAUGUUACUAUACUUCAGCUAGCUAUGUCAAGGUCUUAGUGUGUUUAGGUGAGCAAUUUUAACAUUGAUAAUGUAUCUCUUUCACACCUACUUUGAGUUGUGUGAAACGCCUGCCCAUAGAGGUCUUGUGCUUAUUGAUGCAUUUUUGGCGUAGCAUUGUGAUUACAUUUUGCCUGUGUUGUGUGUAGGGGUUGCUGUCAUUCCUGAGUGCCCCUCUGAUAGGUGCCUUAUCAGAUGUUUGGGGCAGGAAGUCCUUCCUGCUGGUUACAGUGUUCUUCACCUGUGCCCCAAUCCCCCUAAUGAGGAUAAGCCCAUGGUAAGAGGCACUGGUAGACAUAGCACCCUUUGUGCUCAGUCACAUGCUUCUCAUGUGAGUGAUCUCUACAGCGCACUCUGUGGCUUCUGACUGCGAACCUGCUGGGAACAUGGGUUGUAUGUGGGCAAUGGGAAAAUCUCAAUUGCAUACUCCUCGCGUCCUCUCUCUUUGCCUCCUCCUCAAAACCUAUUGGAUGAGAAAGCCAUAGGUCCCUCCCCUCUGAUCUUCUCCUCCAAUGGGUUUUGAGAAGGAGGCAAGGAGAGAGGACGUGAGGAGUAAGCAAUUGAGAUUCUCUCUGUGUUUUCUGCUGAUGCUUACCUCCUCUCACUGAGAGAAAUGUAUGUCUGCUGCUGAAUUAAAACACAACUUUGUUUUCAAGAUACAUUUCUCAGUGUUGAAUAUUUGUGACAUUUCCCCUGUUUUGAGUAAGAAUUUUACUUUUGAAUGUUUCUCUGCAGGUGGUAUUUUGCCAUGAUAUCAGUCUCGGGCAUCUUCGCUGUGACUUUCUCUGUAAUCUUUGCGUAUGUAGCAGACAUCACUGAAGAACAUGAAAGAAGCACAGCAUAUGGACUGGUAAUGGCUCUUGUCUGUCUUAACGUCUUAUCCCCCACCACCCUUAUGACUUAGAUGUUAAAGAUGAUCAAAUCAAUUAAAACACAAAUGUUGAGGAUGUUCCACCUUCUCCUUCUGCUUCAGGUGUCCGCAACGUUUGCCGCCAGUUUGGUCACUAGUCCAGCCAUUGGCGCCUACCUUUCUGCAAAUUACGGCGACAGUUUGGUGGUGCUAGUGGCCACUAUCAUCGCCGUGGUGGAUAUCGCCUUUGUCCUGUUGGUCGUGCCAGAAUCUCUCCCAGACAAAAUGAGACUGACGUCCUGGGGGUCGCCUAUCUCUUGGGAGCAAGCCGACCCCUUUGCUGUGAGUGACAUUGACAUAACCUUACCCAAAUUAAAUAAGCUGUUAGGCUAAAGCCUGAUUUAUACCUUAGUACAUAUGCAACGCAAGAAAGCAAUUAGCUCCGCAAAAUGGCGAUCUUGCAGAGUAAAAAAUUGCAGGGCUGCAUAUGUCUGCAUAUUAUGGCUACGCAGGAUCGUGAUUUUGCAUUCUUGCGUACGGUGGUAGGGUACAAAUUAGCCUUAAGUCUUACAGCUGUUCAAUAUGUUUAGAAUUUCACUGUGAUACUCAAUGUUGACCACUUGGUUUCUCUUCCUGACAUGUCAUUCGUCCACAGUCUCUUAGGCGAGUGGGAAAGGACCCGACAGUGCUGCUCAUAUGUGUCACAGUGUUCCUGUCCUACUUGCCAGAGGCAGGCCAGUACUCCAGCUUCUUCCUCUACCUGCGACAGGUGAGACUGGUUAUAAGUCAGUUAUAACAGGUUAUAAGUAUGCCUUUGUUUCUUUCUGAUCAUGGGAAGUCUUAAGUCAUUCUAGCAUUGUUAUCAAUCUUUAUGUAAUGUUAUCUGACCAGUGUUGGCAACAGUUUUGCAGUGAGAUUCGCUAUUGGCUCCUUGAUUUGUCACUAGAAGUCGCUAGAUGAUGUUUUGCCGUCACAGCACCAAUUUGGCUUGCUGCGGUCCCUGAUGUAGUGUUUUCGCCCCCUCUGUCGCCGCACAUCCCCUCCCCUUGUGCUUCUCAGCCUAUGUGUGCGCCGUUGCUGUGACUUCUGUUGCACAGACAGCUUCUCCCAGUCUCAUUUGCGGCAUAAUUUAGUGGGAAAAGUUGCUGUCAAAACCAUAGAAGGCCUCUGUGUCAAAACUUCCCAAAGGCAGCCUGAAAAGUAGCUGAAUUUGUCGCUAGAAUCAAUAAAAGUCGCUGGAGGGGUCUGAAAACUCGCUUAGUAUAACGACAGUCACAAAAUUGGCAACACUGCAUCUGCCUUGUCUAAAUUAAUUUGAUAUUUUGAGGGUGACGUGUAUACUACACUUUUAUCUACACUGUGUAAUAUGAGAUGCACUGUGCUUUGUGUUCCUUUUCAGGUUAUUGAAUUUUCACCUGCAGCAAUUGCUGCUUUUAUAGCAAUGGUCGGGAUCCUCUCUAUUAUCGCUCAGGUAUUGUGUUGCCGUAUUAGUAUUUAUUCUAUUCAUCAACUGUGAAAAGUGUCACUAUUUACAAUGUUCCACGUCACUAUUUACCUCCGCAAACUAUUAAAAGAAGAUCAUGAAGAAUAUAAUAUUUUGGAUUUACUGUAAUAAUUGUUCUCUUCCCUUUUCUUUUAACAGACAUUGCUCUUAACCUAUUUUAUGAGAACUAUCGGGAAUAAAAACACAGUGUUACUUGGACUGGGGUUUCAGUUGUUCCAGCUAGCCUGGUAUGGCUUUGGAUCAGAACCAUGGUAAGUUUGAGUUUGAUCCACAGCCAAAAUGAUAUCUCAUACGUGCUAGAAUUCAUAGAGUUGGUCUUUUAGUCUUUAGUGUUGUCCAGCUGUCCAAGUGUUGGCACCGCGUGGGUGUUGAGGGGAUUUGUCCAUUGUCCGUGUGAAAUAGCUCUAACCCCACUGUGGGACCUCCUGUCUUUCAGGAUGAUGUGGGCCGCGGGUACAGUCGCAGCCAUGUCCAGUAUCACCUUCCCUGCAGUCAGUGCUUUGGUGUCCCGGAUAGCAGCCCCUGAUCAGCAAGGUAAGACAACACCGGUCUCCUCUCUGUGGCUCUCCCUUCUCCCCUCCACACGUCGCCCUUACACGCAGCUGCAGAGGUCACUGCCACUGACCAACUAAAGAGCAACAGCUGACAUGUGACAACUGAUUCAUGCUUUGGGCCAUGUAAUCUCUAUCUUGCUCUUCCUUUCACCAUAAUAGGCAGGAAUCAUUAUGCUUUUUAUACCCUUUCUACCUGAGGUGUCUGAAAGGAGGUGAAUUGUGAGUUUUUCUGUGCCGUCAGAGUAAAAUCUGUCUUUGGUACGUUUACAGGUUGUGUCCAGGGAAUGAUUACGGGUAUCAGAGGCCUAUGCAAUGGGCUGGGUCCAGCUCUGUACGGCUUCAUAUUCUUCCUGUUCAACGUGGAGCUGAACGAGCUUGACCCUGUGACAGGAAGAAACAAAAGCACACCUCAGGUGCCCAGCGAGGUACAGAGCCCAGAAUACGCUUACAUCUUUAAUGUCAUGGCUGUGUAACUCUGAUGAGAUCAUAUGAGUGCACCUGUGUUCGUGUGGUGGUGAAUGGGAUAGUCAGUUUGCUGUAGGCCCAAAGAGCACACAAAAAACCUUCUGUUGGCUAAGUUUUUUAUUUUCCAUGUAGUCUUUUUCCCCAUUUGUAUAGAGUUGGAUUAGUAAAACAAAAAAAGUUCUCUGUAAGAGAAGCUUCUUCUACUUUUUGAUGAUGGUUAAAAUAAUAAUGAUCAAAGUAACACCUAUCAUCAAUACAUACAGUGCAUUCCGAAAAUAUUCAGACCCCUUCCCUUUUUCCACAUUUUGUUACGUAAAAGCCUUAUUCUAAAAUGGAUAAAAUAAAAAUCUACAUACAAUACCCCAUAAUGACAAAGCGAAAACAGGUUUUUAGAAAAUGUUGCAAAUGUAUUACAAGUAUUCAGACCCUUUGCUAUGAGACUCGAAAUUGAGCUGAGGUGCAUCCUGUUUCUAUUGAUCAUCCUUGAGAUGAUUCUACAACUUGAUUGGAGUCCACCUGUGGCAAAUUCAAUUGAUUGGACAUGAUUUAGAAAGGCACACACUUGUCUAUAUAAGGUCCCACAGUUGACAGUGCGUGUCAGAGCAAAAACCAAGCCAUGAGGUCGAAGGAAUUGUCCAUAGAGCUCCGAGACAGGACUGUGUCGAGGCACAGAACUGGGGAAGGGUACCAAAAAAUGUCUGCAGCUUUGAAGGUCCCCAAGAACACAGUGGCCUCCAUCAUUCUUAAAUGGAAGAAGUUUGAAACCACCAAGACUCUUCCUAGAGCUGGCCGCCCAGCCAAACUGAGCAAUCGUGGGAGAAGGGCCUUGGUCAGGGAGGUGACCAAGAAUCCGAUGGUCACUCUGACAGAGCUCCAGAGUUUCUCUGUGGAGAUGGAAGAACCUUCCAGAAGGACAACCAUCUCUGCAGCACUCCACCAAUCAGACCUUUAUGGUAGAGUGGCCAGACGGAAGCCACUCCUCAGUAAAAGGCACAGCCCGCUUGGAGUUUGCCAAAAGGCUCUUAAAGGACUCUCAGAUCAUGAGAAACAAGAUCCUCUGGUAUGAUGAAACCAAGAUGGAACUCUUUGGCCUGAAUGCCAAGCGUCACGUCUGGAGGAAACCUGGCACCAUCCCUACGGUGAAGUAUGGUGGUAGCAGCAUCAUGCUGUGGGGAUGUUUUUCAGCGGCAGGGACUGGGAGACUAGUCAGGAUCAAGGGAAAGAUGAAUGGAGCAAAGUACAGAGAGAUCCUUGAUGAGGACCUGCUCCAGAGAGCUAAGGACCUCAGACUGGGGCGAAGGUUAACCAUCCAACAGGACAACGAUCCUAAGCACACAGCCAAGACAACGCAGGAGUGGCUUCAGGACAAUUCUCUGAAUGUCCUUGAGUUGCCCGGACUUGAACCCGAUCGAACAUCUCUGGAGAGACCUGAAAAUAGCUGUGCAGCGACGCUCCCCAUCCAACCUGACAGAGCUUGAGAGGAUCUGCAGAGAAGAAUGGGAGGAACUCCCCAAAUACAGAUGUGCCAAGCUUGUAGUAUCAUACCCAAGAAGACUCGAGGCUGUAAUCACUGCCAAAGGUGCUUCAACAAAGUACUGAGUAAAGGGUCUGAAUACAUUUUACAUUUAUUACAUUUAAGUCAUUUAGCAGACGCUCUUAUCCAGAGCGACUUACAAAUUAUGUAAAACGGAUACAUUUUUUAUAUUUGAUAAAUUUGCGCACAGAAAAUAACCUGCUUUUGCUUUGCCAUUAUGGGCUAUUGUAUGUAGAUUGAUGAGGGGAAAAACAAUUUAAUUCAUUUUAGAAUACGGCUAUAAUGUAACAAAGGCUAUAAUGUAACAAAAUGUGGAAAAAGUCAAGUGGUCUGAAUACAAGCUGUGCACCCAAUGACUACUGUAUUCAUUUAGGGAACAUUUCUUGUGAACUUUCUUUCAGAAACCGACCAUCCCCGGGCCGCCCUUCCUGUUCGGAGCCUGUUUAGUGUUGCUGGCUCUCCUUGUGGCCAUCUUCAUCCCUGAGCACCACAGUAUAGCGGUGAAGACCUGCACGGGCACGCGCAAAACCAGCACCAGCAACAACCUGAGUUUAAACCCCCUGCCUGCCAGCGACGAGGAUAUCGAGCCCCUCCUGCAGGACAGUAGCAUGUGACUGUCUGAGAGGGACUCCAACAUGAGCGCCCCCUAAUGGCUCCCUCAGCACACUCAGCCGUAGUGGAGAGACCAACGUCAACCAGCAGCAGCCGGCAUGGAGCCAUUCAGGGUAUAUCCUUCAACCACAUUGAACACACACUUCUGUUUCUAUGAUUAGGGAACGGUCUUUUGUCCAGCGAGAUGGUUUUAUCAUUUACUGUGAUUUUACAAUGCGACAAGGACAGAAUGACUUCUUAAUGCACCGGGUUGAGUGACAAGGUGUGUUUUGGUGUCAAACAUUGGCCCAGACAGUGUUUGUGGAGUUGAAGAGAUAGCAAGCUCUGCUAGUUUCUCAUAUGCUUAAAGUAAAUCUUCCCCCUCCUAUUAAUGGGUUAAAAGGCCAAUUGAUGCUCACUCCAGCUUUAUGUUAAUAAUAUGUUGACCUGUAUCUCAAAGUUACUGUGCAAUCUAGAUUGUAAACGGAUUGGUGUAUAGUUAGGUAAAUACACCAAAUUACCAAAAGUAUGUGGACACCUGCUCUUAGAACAUCUCAUUCCAAA